AUGUGCAAUAAAAAUUCUGAUUGUAGCAUUCUCCGUCCUGCUGCUAUUGGUGGUGGUCUGGGUGCUGCUGCUGGUGCUGUUGCUGGUUGUGCUGGAGGUGCUGUUGUUGGUGGUGCUGCCGUUGUUAUUCUCGGUCCUGGUGCUAUUGCUACUGCUGCUGCUGGUGCUGCUGCUGGUUGCGCUCUUGGUGCCGCUGCCGGUACUGCUGCUGGUGUUACUAUUGGUGGUAUUAGCAGUGCUAUUGGUACUCUUUAUAGGUCUCGUAAAAAAUGAUAUCGUAGAUUUGAUUAUGAAAGAAAAUAUUUAUGGUCUCUACGUGACCAUACUUUUUGCCACUAUUGAAUAUGACGAGUCUUUUCGAGUGAGAGUGUUGGUGUGGGUGUGGGAGUAUGGAUGCGAAUAAAGGGAACACGCACACACACACACCCUAAAUCUUAUUAUGAGGGUGUGGGUACGUAUUUGUGUGUAGAAGUAAAUUUUGCUUAGAACCACACUCACUGCUACCAAAUAGUGGCGGAACCAGGGGAGGGGGGAGCUGGAGGUAGCUGAGCUCCCUCUAUAAAAUAUUCGCUCGAUUUAGAUUGUUAAGCUGCCGCUACUAAAGAGUUGUAAUGUAUAGGUGUAUAAGAAUGUUUUUCCAGGAGAGCAACGCUGAAGUUUCAAAUGGUAUUCAUAACAAGUUUUAUACAAAAUUAAAGCGCAUUAAAAAUCGAAUUUAUUGAUAUCAAAAUGUGAAAGCUAUGACAAGAUUUCAGUGUAAAAUUCAGUAGAUUCAAAGAAUUUUACGUCAUAUCGUUAUAGAGAAACUCGUGUCAUGCAGAAAUUCAAGCUAGAUCUGAUCCAGAAUGAUGAAUAUUACAAGGCAAUCGACAUCUGACCUGGAAAUAUUGACACAAUUAUAAAAAAGGAAAUUAAAAACGCUAUCAGAGACGGAACAUAAUCGUCAACCUGAAUAAACUCUCAAAACAAAACAUGUUUCCGAUGUUUUGACAAGCAUCAAAAUAAGGAUUGUAUUAUCUGGAAUUCAUUAAUGUUGUAUCCGUUUUGUCUCCGUGCCGUAAAGAGUACCCAUGGUUCCCAUAUUAAUUAGGGGGUGGGUAUGGGCGUGGCUAUCGAUGAAAAUGAAAGAUCCAAACUCACACCCUCAAGAUAUGGGUAUGGGUGUGUGGGCGUGGGCGUGGGUACAGUUAAACGAAAGACCUACACCCACCCACAUCCACAUCCAUCCAGACCCAUAACCUAGGCGUCAGCUCUGGAUAGGACUUAAGAGAGCACCCAUGAGAUGAUCGAGCAUCAUGCCAGAUAUCGAAGCACUCGUCAAAAAAUUUUUUUUUAUUUGAUAUUCUCAUUUUGUUCAGCAUCAUCGAAAACCUCUAAAUCCAAAUUUUUAGCCCAUUUGGUUAAGCUGGCGAAAAGUUAGCUCAAUUUUACUGUCGAACGCUCACGAUGAUAUUUGAAAAAUAUCAUCAAAAGUCGUUCGUAUAAAGUGGAGAUUUAUCGAUGACAUCAAAAUAACGAAAUUUUUCAUGUAAUAUACCAAAAGAUAGAGCAUCAAAAGCUGAACAAAAUUACCUAUUUACAUAUUAUUUUUCUAUGGACUAAUCCAUAGUUAUCUAUGAAAUACUGUCCAUGACCCAUCAUUUUUCGAGUGAAAAAUAAGUGGAUUUUUUGCAAUGUAUUGGCUGCCAUUUAGUCAUUUUAUGAGAUCGCAGACUGAAUUUCACAUAUGUUGUACAACUUUUUCUCCUCUACAAAAUGGUAAAAAAAAGUUAAAAAAAAACCUUAGAAUGGUGUCGAAAAAUGCCUUACAAUGUUGACCAACUAGACAGCAUUUAUGAGGAAAAAUUAUUAUAUAUAUUUUUUUUAAUGAAAAAUAGAACUUUUAGUAGAUUAUAAACUAUCUACAAUACUUUUCAUAUAAGUACGAU